GGGGACUGAGCAUUAGCUCUGACUUCCUCUGGCUGCGCUGGCUAAGUGCUUCUCCGUUAUUUGAGAACGAAAGGAGCCUUUGAGACCACAAAGACCCCAUCUGCCUUCAGACUCUGUGGGCACCAUGUCCCUGCUCCUGGUGGUCGUCUCUGCCUUGCACAUCCUCAUUCUCAUUCUGCUCUUCGUGGCCACUCUGGACAAGUCAUGGUGGAUCCUCCCCGGGAAUGACUCACUGAACCUUUGGAAGGAAUGCUUGGCAUACUUGAACCAAUCUUCCCAGGAGGUCUGGGAAUGCAGAAAUGUCAGCGAAAAUGGCUGGCUGAAGGCCGUGCAGGCCCUCAUGGUCAUGUCCCUGGUGUUCUGCUGCCUCUCCUUCAUCCUCUUCAUGUUCCAGUUGUACAACAUGAAGCGAGGAGGCCUCUUCUACGCCACCGGCCUUUGCCAGCUCUGCACCAGCGUGUCAGUGUUCACCGGGGCCCUCAUCUACGCCAUACACGUCAAGGAGUUUCAUCAUCCUAGAGGCUCCUUCGGCUACUGCUUCGCCCUAGCUUGGGUGGCAUUUCCCCUGGCACUGGCCAGCGGCAUCAUUUAUAUCCACCUGAGAAAACGAGAGUGACCUCCCCCUCCCCUGGCCAGCUGGCCCUGGCUCACAGCCCCUGAACCAGCGAGACAGCAGACGCCCCAGCCCUGCCUCCCCGUGCUACCUUGCCCUGGGUUAGGUCCUGAUCCUGGAAUCUCAGUUUCUGCCUCUGGGGAAUGGGGGAGUAAGAAGGUGUUUUCCGUCCUCUUCCUCCUUCUUCUGGCCCAGCCCCUCUGACAUGCACUUCCUGCCCCUGACACUUGGUGCUCUGGGGUCCUUUCCAGCUCUGACUCAGGCAGCUGGUGGCACAGUGCCCACACAGCUGGGCCAGAAGUCAAGACCUCAGUUCAAAUCGAGCCCCUGGGCAAGUCAUUUAACCUGCUUGCCUCAGUUUCCUCACCUGUAAAAUGUGGAUAAUACUAGCACCUUCCUCCCAGAGUUUGAUCAAAUGCAAUAUCUGUCAAGUACUUCCCACAGCACCUGCAUACAGCAGGUGCUCUGUAAAUGCUCCUUCUCUCCCAGUUCUAAUGGUCCCUUCCUGUUGUAACAGGCCCCUCCCGUCCUGACACCCUGUGGGCUCAAGAUCCCUGCCAACGUCUGGCCUUUAGUCCCGGGGUCUCCCGGAGCUCUGACCCUCUUUGAUCGUACUGGAUUGGGAGGGGGCAGGUGCCAUCUGUCCCUCCCUAGGCCUUGGCUUCCCCAACUAUAACCAGAAGGCACCCACUGUAGGGAAAAGCCUUGGGGGUGGAGCCUGGAGACUUGGCCUUGGGCCCUGGCUCAGGCACAUUGUCUGACCCCGGCUUCUUCCUCUCUUCAAUGGGAGAGGCCCAGCCUAGCUCGGACUCUUCAGAUCAAUGAGACAGAAUGCCACAAGAUGCUAAAGAGAUACGAGGGAGUAAAGCGCUUUGUAACCUC